GGGUCACUGAGCCCGCGGGGUCAGGAUGGGGGCUGCAGCCGUUUGAUGUGCCUGGGCGGGGUGUGGGGACUCUGGCCUGCAUAAAGAGGCCAUAGAAUUGCUGCCUGACGCUGGCCUGCGGCAGGCUGCCCCCAACCCGGCUCCCCCAGCCUCUGUCUGUCAGCAGAGGCAAUCUGCUCUCCCCCCCAGCCCCCCACCCGCUCCACCUCAGCUGUGCAGGGUGGCAGGAGCCCCUUUGAAAGCCCUCAAAGGCCUCUUUCUAUGUCCCUCUGACCCUCCCUUCCCAUCCGGAGCUCCCAGGAGUGGGCUUGAUCGCCUUGCCUCCCACCUCCUCGACUCUUGUCUUCUGAGUCUUGGAGAAAGUUCAGGCCAAGUUUGUUCCUGUUGCUCAGUUUCAUUUCCCUGUACUCUGCCCAGAGCCUAACCUGAAGUGGGUCAAGGGGAACAGUCCUUGGGCAUUCUGGCCACGGUGUGGUGGGGUCUGUCCCAUCCACACACCACCUGUGAACCCUUAGGAGCUGCCCCUCCAGGGUCAGGCUGGAAUUUACGUGGUGUGUGUGGGUUUAGGUCUUACCUGUUGCUCACAUCGCCUACCUCCCUUUGCUCUCAGCCCUUUAUGCAUUAGCUAAACAUUUCCCAGUCUCCUCCUCCUGCUCGGGUGGGUACUAGAGGGUUGGGGUGGAGCCCGCAGCCUGCUCUGGGAGUGCCAUGUGCUCAAGUGUUGGAGCGUAGAGGGCGUAGCUCUCCUGGGACCUGGAGCUGCCCAUUGAAUGCAGGUCCACUGACCGGCCGGCCUCCGGGAGGACAGAUGGCCCGGGACAGAGCCCCAGGAAGGUUCCCAGAGGUCUUAGGUUUUCUCCAGCUUUCUUGCUGCCCUGUCAUCAGGGGGCCCUGAGAGGAGGGGAGAUAUUUGGAACUUAAGAGAACUUAAGAAAACUCCUAGAAGGCUCUGUUCCUUUCUGCAAGGUGGGCCAGACACCCCCUUUCUGUACCUCCUCUUCCUUCCUCCUCCCCACCAGGAUCUGAGUGAUGAGAUGUUUCCACCCCGGCACCCCACGCCAGCAGGAGUCUAGCAUGGGCUGAGAAGCUGCACCUGCACAGAGGGCUGGCAGACAUGGCUUCUCGGCUGAGUCCUAGGCAGUCGGCGGCAGCGAAGAGGAGAGGCCUGGGCAUCUGGGGCAGGGCUGAGAUGAAGCAGUUCUGGAGCGUGUGACCCGGCCAGAGCCCUACCUGCCUGGCCCACCAUGGUCCAGAGGCUGUGGGUGGGCCGCCUGCUGCGGCAUCGAAAAGCCCAGCUCCUGCUGGUCAACUUGCUGACCUUUGGCCUGGAGGUGUGUCUGGCCGCAGGCAUCACCUACGUGCCACCCCUGCUGCUGGAAGUGGGCGUAGAGGAGAAGUUCAUGACCAUGGUGCUGGGCAUUGGUCCAGUGCUGGGCUUGGUCUCGGUCCCGCUUCUGGGCUCAGCCAGUGACCACUGGCGCGGGCGCUGUGGCCGCCGGAGACCCUUCAUCUGGGCCCUGUCCCUGGGCGUUCUCCUGGGCCUCUUCCUCAUCCCGAGGGCCAGCUGGCUGGCAGGACUGCUGUGCCCGGACACCAGGCCCUUGGAGUUGGCCCUGCUGAUCCUGGGUGUGGGGCUGCUGGACUUCUGUGGCCAGGUGUGCUUCACUCCGCUGGAGGCCCUGCUCUCUGACCUCUUCCGGGACCCGGACCACUGUCGCCAGGCUUUCUCCGUCUACGCUUUCAUGAUCAGCCUCGGGGGAUGCCUGGGCUACCUCCUGCCCGCCAUUGACUGGGACACCAGCACCCUGGCCCCCUACCUGGGCACCCAGGAGGAGUGCCUCUUUGGCCUGCUCGCUCUCAUCUUCCUCACGUGUGUGGCAGCCACGCUGUUUGUGGCCGAGGAGGCAGCACAGGGCCCGGCUGAGCCGGCGGAUGGGCUGUUGGUCCCCUCCAUCCCACCGCAUCUCUGCCUGUGCCGCACCCGGCUGGCUCUCCAGAACCUGGCUGCGCUGUUUCCCCAGCUGCACCACAUCUGCUGCCGCGUGCCUCACACCCUGCGCCGACUCUUCGUGGCUGAGCUGUGCAGCUGGAUGGCAUUCAUGACCUUCACGCUGUUCUACACGGACUUCGUGGGCGAGGGACUGUACAAGGGUGUGCCCAGAGCUGAGCCAGGCACCGAGGCCCGAAAACACUACGAUGAAGGGGUCCGGAUGGGCAGCCUGGGGCUAUUCCUGCAGUGUGCCAUCUCCCUGCUCUUCUCGCUGGGCAUGGACCGCCUGGUGCAGCGCUUUGGCACCCGGGCAGUCUAUCUGGCCAGCGUGGUGGCCUUCCCUGUGGCUGCCGGUGCCACGUGCCUGUCCCGCAGCGUGGCUGUGGUCACUGCUUCGGCUGCCCUCACGGGGUUCACCUUCUCUGCCCUGCAGAUCCUGCCCUACACACUCGCCUCGCUCUACCACCGGGAGAAGCAGGUUUUCCUGCCCAAAUACCGAGGAGACGCUGGAGGUGGUGCCAGUGAGGAUGGCCUGAUGACCAGCUUCCCAGCGGGCCCCAAGGCUGGGUCUCCUUUCCCCAGCGGGCUUGCGGGUGCUGGAGGCAGCAGCCUGCUCACGACUCCGCCUGUACUCUGUGGGGCCUCUGCCUGCGAUGUGUCCAUGCGUGUGGUGGUGGGUGAGCCGCCCGAGGCCAGGGUCGCUCCAGGCCGGGGCAUUUGCCUGGACCUUGCCAUCUUGGACAGUGCCUUCCUGCUGUCCCAGGUGGCCCCGUCCCUGUUGAUGGGCUCCAUUGUCCAGCUCAGCCAGUCUGUCACUGCAUAUAUGGUGUCAGCUGCAGGCCUGGGUCUGGUUGCCAUUUACUUUGCUACACAGGUAGUGUUCGACAAGAGUGACUUGGCCAAAUACUCGGUGUAGACUACUUCUGACCCACUGAAGGAGGGCCUUCCUCACUGGGUUCCACCUCCCGUGCCAUUCUCGUUAGCCUGCGGCUGUGGGCCUGGCCCUUCUGUUUCUGCUGCCACCAAAGCGGCGUGCCUCUCUGCUGCCACCUCGCGUUGGUGAGGUGCAUAGGCGCACAGAUGGGGCACAAGGCCUUUCUGUUUCCCCCUGGUCGUCAGGGCUGGCUUGACUGGUGGUCCACAUGGGCUUCAGUCUGGACAUCUACAGGGAGGCCAAAAGGGCAGGGCGUUUUGUUAUCUCCAUGCACUGGAAUGCAGGAUUCUGCAGGCGGAUUACUAGGCUCAGGGUUAGCAGCUAGUGUCCCGGUCAAGGCAUACCAGGACAAGGGAUGUGGGUGGCUGAGUGAAUUUAGCCACCUGGUCUCUCCCAAACCCCCUUAUUUUAUAGGUGUCCCCAGUGUUGCUCUUGCGUGGGAGUUUCCAGUGUGAAACUCUCCUCCACGAGAUUUGCAAAUACGAAAGUUACUUGGGAGGAAGAAUCCUGAGGGUAGAGAGAAGGCUGCCUGGCCCCACGGCACUGCCUUUCUGCUCUUCCCCCACCCCUACAUAUCAGGACACGGCUGGUUGGCCCCGGUGUGGCCAUCACAGGGACACAGGCCUUUAAAUAUUUAACUUAUUUAUUUAAGUAGAGGGGAAUCAAUUCCCAGCCCUGCCACACAGGUGUCUGGGAGGUGACCCCCAAUGACUGCGUCCCGGGAGAUGGCUGGUUACCGGGCUGAGCACCGCCAGAAUCUUCCUCUCCUGGGGUGAUUGGUCUGCCCCCAAGGCCGCCUAGCCCUGGAGCUUGGAAGCUCUGCUCACCCCAGCUGAUGACCCAAAUCCUGUUACCCAAGGCUGGGGUCCUGGGGGAAGGGGGAAGGUGGGGCUCCAGGUCUCAGCAGCCUCCCCUCCCCUCCUGACCCAGCUGGCGCCCCAAGGCCCCUGCUUCCUCUAGGACUGGGCUGGUGAAGGGGUGGCCCAGGCCCGCCUUUCCCCGCUGGCUCCACAGCGCUCUCCAUGGGGCUCUGGCAGAACCAGAAGCAGAGUGUGGCCCCCCGAGCCUCCGUCUGUCUCAGCCCCAGGGCGUGUCCGUGCCUGGGGAGUCCCACACAGAAGCUCAGGAGCAUCCCCUGCCCGGGCUAAGGACGUCUUAUCUCUGGGGGGCUUAAGUGCCAUUUGCAAUAAUGUUAUGUCUUAUUUAUUCAGUGGAGUAAAUAUUUUAUACUUUAUGUGAGCAAUCAGAGUAUAACGUUGAUGGUGAUGAAAUUAAAGUCUUCUUAUAUGUUUAA